AUGCGAUGCACCCUUCCUUUGACGAUCAUGGAGUUUCGCCACCCCCAACAAGGUGGAAGGGCUCGUGCAAGGCGGCCCGGUGCAACAACAAGCUCAUCGGUGCCAAGUCACUCGUUCAGGGUGAUGAAUUUGGCGACAAAGAGGGGCACGGAACGCACACCUCGUCCACUGCCGCCGGGAACUUCGUCACCGGCGCAUCAUACCAUGGUGCGGGCGUGGGCGAGGGCACCGCGGCCGGAAUUGCUCCUGGCGCUCACAUCGCCAUGUACAAGGUAUGCGCCAAUAGCCGCUGUAAGCAAUCUACCGUUACUGGCAGGCCUAGAAGAGGCCAUCAAGGAUGGUGUGGACGUGCUCUCGCUCUCCCUUGGCGGUGACACGAGUGCCAGCUUCGAUGAGGACCCCAUUGCUAUCGGUGCAUUCAGUGCUGUGUCCAAGGGCAUCCUCGUGGUGUGCGCCGCCGGCAAUAGCGGUCCGAGGCCGGGCUCGAUCACCAACGAGGCGCCGUGGUUGCUCACGGUCGCCGCCGGCUCCGUGGAUCGGAGCUUUGCUGCCAGCCUGCAUCUCGGCAAUGGCAAGAGCAUCGACGGAGAAGCACUUACCCAGAAAGUGAGUCCGAGUUCAAAGUCACACCCUCUCCUCUACUCCGAGGAACGACGGUGCUGCAAUUACAAGAGUGGCAGUGGCAUCACCGGUAAGAUCUUGGUCUGCGAAGGCACUAGGUCGAAGACUCAACAAUCCAACAUCCACAGAAUAGUGGGUGCUGGUGCGGCUGGUGUGGUGCUUUUCAACGAUGAAAUCAGCGGCUACGCCACCAUGGUUCAGGAUUACAACUCCAGUGCUGUACAGGUGAGCGCGGCCGACGGCGAUGUCCUCAUAGCUUAUGCCGCGUCAUCAGAGAGCAGCUCCGUGGCCUCUCUCAUCUACAACAACACACUGUUUGGUGUCCGUCCGGCCCCCGUCGUGCCCUUUUUCUCUUCCCGUGGUCCAAGCGUCAUCGCCGUCGGCAUCCUAAAGCCGGAUAUAUUGGCACCAGGCCUCAACAUCCUCGCCGCGUGGCCGCCAAGCACGGGCUCUGGAAAGGGCACUUUCAACAUCAUAUCAGGAACAUCCAUGGCAACGCCACACGUCAGUGGUGUCGCUGCGCUUAUCAAAAGCAUCCAUCCUGACUGGUCGCCAGCCGCCAUCAAGUCUGCCAUCCUAACGACGUCGGACAUCGUUAAUAGCACUGGUGGCUCAAUCUUGGACGAGCAACAUAGGAAGGCCGGCGUGUAUGACACAGGCGCCGGCCAUGUGAACCCGACCAGAGCCGCAGAUCCUGGCUUGUUGUAUGACCUCAGUGUCACCGACUACGCCGGCUACAUCUGCUGGCUCCUCGGUGACAGCGGCCUAGCAACCAUCGUGCGCAACUCAAGCUUGACCUGUGCGAAGCUGCCCAAGGUCCACGCUGUGCAGCUUAACUACCCGACGAUAACCGUGUCAGCGACAUCGACGCCAUUCACAGUGAAGCGGACUGUGACGAACGUUGGGCCAGCAAACUCGACGUUCACGGCGAAGGUGGAUGCGCCAAGAUCACUGACAGUGCGUGUCUCCCCGGAGACGCUGGCAUUCUCCAAAACUGGAGAGAAGAAGACCUUCAGCGUGUCUGUGAGCAGCCACGGCUUGGGCGAGGAGCUGCACGUGGAGGGAAGCUUGAGCUGGGUAUCGGAGAAGCAUGUCGUGCGGAGCCCCAUCGUUGCUGUCUCCCCAAGAGGCGAUACUGCUCCGGACCCAUCACCAUGA